AAUUCUUUUCAAAGAAGAGCAAGACGCUGGAGUGUAUUCCAAAGGACAUAUGUCGAUUGGCCGGAACAAGUCAGGCCCAGCAUUCAUCCGUCAUCACGCCAGGAGCAAGAUGGAGACGUGGCAAUGAGUGAUGCUCACAUGGGCCCUGGAGUAAGAUACACACCCUAUGCCAUCCCAAGCUACUAUCAGAGAGGCAGUUGUCACAGAAGAGACCAAACCCAUGGGAACAUGGAGAGAGACAGAAAACCUCCACAAGAAGGAAUGCAGGGGAACAGGCAGUAUGGAACCUCCAGGAGCUGGUUCAAGGUCACAAUUCCAUUUGGCAUAAAAUAUGAUGAGAAGUGGCUGCUGGAUUUGAUCCAGAGCCAAUGCAGUGUCCCCUUCAACCCGAUUGAGUUUCACUAUGAGAAAAUGCAGGCCCAGUUCUUUGUGGAGAAUGCCAGCAUUGCCUUAGAGUUGAAGAAAGUCAGUGGCAAGAUUCGGGAUGAAGAAAACGAAACUAUAUCCAUCUUUGUCAGCCCCUCUGCCGUACCCCCCUCUGUGCAGAAGGAGCUGAAGUCAGAAACGGUGAAACUGCCAAACGUGGCCAAGAACAACGGAUAUGAAGUCCCUGAGCAAGGUCUUGUCCUCCGGAGAGUCCACUCAGACCCAAGUAUGACUGACCGCAGUAAUUCUAGGGCAGACAUUAUGACCCAUAAUAUUGAAAAGGGGCCAAAUCUUAGAAACGGCAUGACUGCCUCCCUGCAGAUCCAUGAAGAGAACAGGCCCAAGCUUUUGUCCUUCAACUCGAGCUACAACAUACCCAGCCUGCUGGUUGGCCUGCCCGACGUCAUGCAGAAGGCCCCCAACAUCAGGAGCCUGAGCCUCUCCAAAAAUGAGGCGAAGUCUGAAGGGGAGUUGGACAAGGUGAAAGAGCUGGAGCCAGAAGAGAUGUUUGCAGACAGAAACCCUCUGUGUACCACCUUCCCAGAUACGUCCACCAACAUAAACUCCAUCCUGGAAAUGUUCCCCAAGUUAUUAAGCCUCGAUGGCCACGAGGUACACCCACCAAUUAUCUUUGGCAAGGAAGCCUACAAGAAGUUACCAGCCUGCAAGGGGAGCGUCUUUGGGUCUGAGACACUGAAGAAUUUAGUCUUGCAAUUCUUGCAGCACUAUUACUGGAUCUAUGACUAUGGGGAUCGGCGGGGUCUCCUAGAUGCUUACCACAAUGAGGCCUGCUUCUCGCUGGCCAUUCCCUUCAACCCUGAGGACCUAGUUCCAAACAGCUUAGAAAAAUACUCCAAGGGGAGCAGGAAUAUGAGGAAGCUCAAGGACCCCGUCCUGCGGGUUCAGUUGCUGAAACACACAAAACGUGAUAUUGUUGAAUCCCUCAGUGUGUUGCCCAAAACCCAGCAUGACGUCAGCUCCUUGGUGGUGGACAUGUGUGUCCAGACGGAAAUGAUCCUCUGCUUUUCCGUCAGCGGGGUGUUCAAGGAGGUGGAAGGAAUGUCUCAGGCUCAUGUCCGUGCCUUCACCCGGAUCUUCAUCGCUACUCCUUCCAGCAACUUCAGGUAACUGCUGUGUUGUGGGUACCACUUGGGAACACCCAUCCCAGCCUGGGGCCAGUGGUGUAGUAAUGUGACGGUGCAUUCUUCAAGGUUUCCCCAAUAUUGCAGAAUUCCAAAAAGUAGAUCCCAGAAGCAGUUGAGCCCAGUGGUUAAGAGCGUAGGCUCUGACACUAGAAUAGAGGGUUCUCACCCUGACCUCAGCAUUCACCAGCAGUAUGACUUUGGUGAACUUGCACAACUUCUCUGUGACUCAGUGUCCUCCUCUGAAUAUGGGGAUUAGAGUAUCCACCUCCUCAGGCUGCUGUAAAGGGUAAAGUCAGAUUUGAAACAUUCCCUGGGUUGGGAGUAACCUAUGAAUCUAGUGCAGCUGGGAGUUACUUCUCCAAAGGCAGGUUCUGUGGGAAGGGAAAGGGUACCAGCCAAGGAAUCUGCGAGGCAGGCAGAGCAGGGGACGGAAGGAAAGUGGUUGCUGAGUGGGAACAGGAUCCUUUUUGGGGAUGUGGGAUUGUCUGUCUGUCCAACUGUCUGAGGGCCCAUUCUUCCUCCAGCCUACGCAUCUUAAACGACCAACUGUGUGUGAGGGACGACACCCACAUAGAGACCCAAGGUGCCUUCUACACCCCAGUGCCCACACCUCCUCCGGCUCCCUACCCACCCUCUCCCAGAAGCAGAAGGAAAUGGUACCAGCAUUCACUGCCCAGUCUGGGAUGAACCUUGAGUGGCCUCGGAAGUGAGUGCUUGGAGUGGGUGGGGAUGGGGUGAGCUGGGAGGAGGUAGGAAGUGAAUGAUGGGAACUCACAGGUAAUCUUUUUGCUUCUUUACUUCACUCAUUGUCACAAGGAACGUCUUUUCUUCUCGGUACAUAUUACACCACCUAGUUGGUUGAACGGGUACACAGCACUUUCUGAAAUUCCAUGGACCCUGUUCCUUCACUGACAGGCACUGAGGUUUCCAGGUGUUCUCCCCCUUACACCCUGCGCAACAGUGCUCAGUUGCUCAGUCUGCUGCUUAUGUCACAGCAACCAUGGAGGCAUGUUUCUGACACACAGAAUAGAAUGUGGCCUUGUGUGGUCAGUGUCUCCAGUUUG